UUCAUGUUUUGAGAUGAACCUCGAAGAAAUUGUCGAAGAAACGUUUGUUAAAGAGCUUAUUGAGAAGAAACUUUCUUACAAGGAAAUAAGCAAGAGAAUCCAGCGACUAUUUCCAGGAGAAAGAGGAAUAAGUGCUAGAAGUGUGCGGAGGUACUGCUCAGAGAGGGGCUUAAACCCCAAGAGCUUGCGUUGGGUUUCAGAUGGAGACAUCAAAGGGAUGAUUGAAGCAAAUGUCAAACAGUACGGUCAUUUCUAUGGCCGCCGAAUGAUGCAAGGAACACUGAGAUAUCAGCUGAAUACAAACAGCCAGCAGUAUCAUGAAAUAAGUCAACGGCGAAUAGCAAAAGUCCUGCAAGAGGUCGCUCCUUAUGCUUAUGAGAAAAGAACACUUGACUUAUUGGAUAGAACAAACCCUAUACCUUACCAUGCUCCCUACUUUGGCUACAAAGUACACAUGGAUCAAAAUGAAAAGUUAGCUCAGUCAUUUGGUGUCACACAUAUACAUGCUUUAGAUGGUUGCAGCAGGAUGGUCCUUGGUUUCUUAUCAAUCCCCAAAAAGAAUCCUAUCCUUAUUUACAAAUAUUUGUUUAGACCACUACUUCUUCAAUAUGGGCUUUUUGAACAACUGCGUGUAGAUCAUGGAACAGAAUUUUGUCUGUGUAUUUUUGUCCAGGAACUCUUGAAGAAUUACCGUUAUGACCAAAGAAGAGAACCUUGGAAGCAAACUACCUCAACUAGGAAUUACCGUGCUGAGAGAAUGUGGCCAGAGGAGAAUCAAAGGGUCAACUAUCCUCUAAAAAGAGCACUCUGUCUAUUAUUAGAGCAAGAUAUGGUUAACAUGGAAGACCCUCUCACUGUAUUUGCGGUGUCUUGGGUAACAAUACAUGUUAGCAAAGUUGGAUCAGAAAACAUGAUAAAUUCUUGGAAUUAUCAUCGAAUUCCUGGUCCAAAAGGGUGUGUCCCCGUGGAAAAAAUGAAAGAGUCCAACAAGGCUGUUUGUUUACCACAGCAUUUAAUUCCUACUACUUCAGAGGUGGUUCGUAUGUAUGAGGAACGAGGUGGACAACUCAAUACGGAUCCAAGUAUUGGUUAUGACCCAAUUGUACACUUUCAAGGUUUGCAAGAUUCCAGAGAGAAUAUGUUUCAUUUGAAAAACCCAACUUUUGAAGAAAUAUUUUCAGAUGUGGUACAUGGCGAUGUACAUACAUUUUUAUCUGCAAUUCAAAGCUUUAUUGAAAUAACACAGAUGCUUUCACCUAGUAAUUGACAACAUAUUCAAAUGAUAGGGGUUUGACAUUAGUGUCUGCCAAACUCUACGACCUUACUCAUAUAUAUUGUAAGUUUUUAGAAAAUAAUAUCUAAGUCAUCAAACACAUUUACAUUUUAUUUUAAGUGAAUACUGGAAGAAACAAAUAUAGUAAGGUAAUUGUAACGACACUUUCCAACUAAAGUUUUUUUUCUUUCCUUUUCAGAAGCUUUUAUCGUAAGCCAUAUAACCCAAUUCAAUAAUUAUCUUUACCAAUGUUUUUCUCUUCGUGGGUGUUUCAGAAGUUUUUUGUAUACGUUGUAAAUUCAAAAUGCAUUGAAAUAAGUUACUUGCAUUGACAUCAAGGUUAAUGGCUCUGAAACUUUCUAUGAAACAAGCACUACACAGUCUUGUAGAGCAAAGGCAGGAAAACUAUGGAAUAAAAACAUGCUAAAUACUAAGAAAGAGUAGAUAUUUAGAGACAACUUGUCAGUAUCAAUCAUCCAGAACUUGGUCAAAGACAGAUAAUUACAUAGUUCUGGUUGAGUGAUACUGACAAUUUGUCUCUAAAUAUAAUAUGUUAUAUAUCUGCUAUUUGUUAGUACUUAGUACUUGGCCCUCGACAGUCUAAACCUUUCAACAUUUCAUUUCUGAUACUGAGCUCUAAGGUGGUUUUUAAAAAUGUUAAAUAAUAGAAAAGUUUUCAACUACAACGUUUUAUUAAAAUUUUGAUCAAAUUUACAACGCUGUUAAUUUCUUGUUUACUACCAACAAAUGUUUGACCUUGGCAAACAUUUAUUAUUUACCUCUAAACUGUCAAUUCUGGUAUCCUAAAAAAUAAUAAAUGCAACCAGAAAGUAUAAUAACAGAAUACGAGUAAUUAAUUAGUUAUGACCCCAUUGCAUUAAGUACUAAGA